UUCAACUAGCAAGCAUGUCGCAGCAAUGAAGAAUUGGGUUCUGGCACCACACGUUCUACUUCUUGAUCUCCUGUUCCUUUUAUUGAAUAUUAGCUCAAAAGCAUUGUGGAGGUCCUGCACCUAACUAUAAACAGUACUAUUUCAGUCCAGGUCAAGCACGGGUAUGAAUUUAUUUGUGUCCAUCACCCAUUUCAUAUGAUAUGUUACAAAUUAAAAUUACUUGAAUUCUAGCUAGGUGGCUAACGUUAGCUGGGCUAGGGGUUAAGUUUAGGAGUUAGGUUAAGGAUUAACUUGAAGUGUUAGCUAACAAGCUAAGUAGUUUAAAAAUUGCUAAAAUGCUAAAGUUGUUGAUUAUGAAAUACACUGAUUGUUUAAAGCAAAACUACCAAAACUAUUACUGAUGGUGAACCUGAACAAUCAAAAUAAAAUCUAUUGUAUGCUCCGUGCUGCAUGUAUAUCCAGAUUUGUCUCCGGUAGCACUAGCUUACUUUUAUUCCGGUAAAACACAAUUUAACAGGGCAUAGAUGAAAAUAACACAGCAAAUUAUAGUUAGCUUACGCUCUUUUGUACAUUGCGCUGUAAUAUACAAUUUACCUUAUUUUAGCACCCAAAAAACAUAAUACUUUCAGGUUAACUAAUAUGAAUACCAUUGUAAAGCUGAAUUUCUUCCCUUUCCAGCAAGAUCAAUGACAAGACCAUGUUGCCGUCUUCAUGAUUGAAGAAGACAAUGAGCUCUGUCGGGUCUUUUUUAAAAUGGCGGGUGGGGAAGUGACACCUACUGCGUGAUAGGGAAAGGGGGAGAUAAGCCUUGUGUGCAAACUGCUUUUUUCACCUGAUCUAACUUUUUACAGCUAAAAUGUAAAUAAAACACUAUAAAGAGUUUAUAUAAUGUGUGAAUCUGGUUUUUAGAGCGGAGCUAAAGUUAUCUCCGGUCUUCUGGUCAGACUUUGGAGGUGCGCACACCACCCACUGCUUCAGUAUAUUACUCGCUAAUGUCCAGACUAGAUAACAAGGUAGAUGAAAUUUGGGCAAGGGUUGCUUUCCAGAGAGACAUCAGGGAUUGUAACAAUCUUUUCCAUGGAAACAUGGCUCUCUUGGGAUAUGCUGUCAGUGUCGAUACAGCCACCUGGAUACUUUAUACGUCGCGCCGAAAGUAAUAAACAUCUCUCCGGGAAGAAGGGCGGGGGUGUAUGUUUCAUGAUUAACGACUCAUGGUGUAAUUGUAACAACAUACAGGCACUCAAGUCCUUUUGUUCACUUGAACUAGAAUUCCUCUAAAUCAAAUGCAGACCGUAUUAUCUCCCAAUGGAAUUGUCCUUGAUUAUUGUCGUAUAUAUCCCCCUCAAGCCGAUACCACGACGGCCCUCAAAGAACUUCACUGGAUUUGAUGAAAACUGGAAACCAUAUAUCCUGAGGCUGCAUUUAUUGUAGCUGGGGAUUUUAACAAAGCAAAUUUGAGAACAAGGCUACGUAAAUUAUAUCAGCAUAAUGACUGUAGUACUCGUGGUGGCAACUUUGGAUCACUGCUACUUUAACUUCAGCAAUGCAUACAAGGCCCUUCCUCCUUUUGGCAAAACUGACCACGACUCCAUUUUGCUCCUCCCUUCCUAUAGUCAGAAGUUCAAACAGGAUGUACCCAUGUUAAGAACUAUUCAAUGCUGGUCUGACUAAUCGGAAUCCACGCUCCCAAGAUUGAUUUGAUCUCGCGGACUGGGACAUUCCGGGUAGCUUCAGAGAAUAACAUCGAAAUAUACGUUGAUUCGGUGCGUGAGUUUAUAAGGAAGUGCAUGGGAGAUGUUGUACCCACUGUGACUAUUAAAACCUACCCUAACCAGAAACCAUGGAUAGAUGGCGGCAUUCGCGCCAAACUGAAAGUGCGACCCACCGCAUUUAACCAUGACAUGGUGACUGGGAUUAUGGCCAAAUACAAACAGUAUAGUUAUUCCCUCCGCAAGGCAAGCAAGCGAAAUGUCAGUACAGAGAGAUUGGAGUCGCAAUUCAACGGCUCAGACACGAGACGUAUGUGGCAGGGUCUAGAGACAAUCACGGAAUACAAAAAGAAAACCAGCCACAUCACGGACAACGUCUUGCUACCAGACAAACUAAACACAUUCUUUGCCCGCUUUGAGGAUAGUGCCACCGACGUGGCCCGCUACCAAGGACUGUGGGCUCUCCUGCACUGUAGCCGACGUAAGACAUUUAAACGUGUUAACCCUCACAAGGCUGCUGGCCCAGACGUCAUCCCUAGCCGCGUCCUCGGAGUAUGCGCAGACCAGCUGGCUGGUGUGUUUACGGACAUAUUCAAUCGCUCCCUAUCCCAGUCUGCUGUCCCCACAUGCUUCAAGAUGGCCACCAUUGUUCCUGUACCCAAGGAGGCAAAGAUGCACAAUUGAGAGCACCCUGUCGGGCUGUAUCACCGCCUGGUAUGGCAACUGUACUGCCCACAACCGCAAGGCUCUCCAGAGGGUG